UCAGCACCGUUUUGCUGGGUAUUGUUUAGGUUCUGAACUUCUCUUGCAUAGUUGCAUUCUCCAUACACUGUCUCCUCUUCUUCAGCAUCUCAACCCUCUCUGAAAUCGCAAUGACGAAAUCGAUGGGUCCCCCGCCCCCCAAAAACCCUAAUCUCCCAGAGACAGCACCGUCAAUGCCUCCGCCACGUGAUUCCGAAGAAGCCCAACCUCCACCCCCUCGCGACUCCCCUAAAACCUCUCCCUCUCAGGGCGUUGCAGCUCCCUAUAAGAUUCCUCCAUGGAGCUCCGCACCUUCUCAUCAAUUCUACCUUGAGGUUCUCAAAGACGGUUCCAUCAUCGACAAAUUCGACGUAUGUGAGAAAGGUGCUUACAUGUUUGGCCGUUUGGAUCUCUGCGACUUUGUACUCGAACACCCCACUAUUUCUAGGUUUCAUGCUGUUAUACAGUUUAAGAGAAGUGGAGAUGCAUAUCUUUAUGAUCUUGGGAGUACACAUGGCACCUUUUUGAACAAAAAUCAGGUGGAGAAAAACACUUAUGUUGACUUGCAUGUUGGUGAUGUCAUUCGAUUUGGCCGGUCAUCUCGCAUGUUCAUUUUUCAAGGACCGUCUGAGUUGAUGCCUCCAGAAACUAACAAAAAACUUUUGAGAGAAGUGAAGAUGCAAGAAGCAAUGCUAGAUAGGGAAGCUUCACUACGACGAGCAAGGUUGGAAGCAUCUCAUGCUGAGGGUAUAUCAUGGGGCAUGGGUGAGGAUGCUAUUGAAGAAGAUGAGGAUGAUGCUGAUGAAGUGACAUGGCAGUCAUAUAAAGGACCGCUUACAGAAAAACAGGAAAAAACCCGUGAGAAAAUAAUAAAAAGAAUGGAAAAAAUUGCUAACAUGAAGAAAGAAAUAAAUUCUAUACGAGUUAAAGACAUUUCUCAGGGUGGAUUAACACAAGGUCAACAAACUCAGAUUGCUAGGAAUGAGCAGAGAAUAACACAGAUAUUAGAAGAACUUGAAAACUUGGAGGAGACACUGAAUGAUAGUAUUCGAGAAAGUAUUGGUGCACGUACAGGAAAGAUAUCUCAUGGGAAGAAGAAAGGUGAAGUAGAAGAUGAAGAAGAAUAUUAUAGUGACGAUGAUGAUGAAUUUUAUGACCGUACAAAGAGAAAGCCUUCUCAUCAGAAACCUGGUGACAACCAGUCAAUUGAGACUGCAGAUACUCUUCUUGAUAAGAGAGAUGCCAUUAUCAAGGAAAUGGAUGAGAAGAAAGAGUUGCUUGUUAUUGAAAAGAACAAAAUGUUGUCAGGAUCAGAGAGUGCCACACAAGAUGAAGUUGGUGAUUCACUUGAUGCAUAUAUGUCAGGGCUUUCAUCUCAACUAGUGUAUGAUAAAAGUGUGCAGCUUGAAAAGGAUUUGUCAACUCUUCAGUCUGAGCUGGAUAGGAUAUGCUACCUGUUGAAGAUUGCUGACCCAACAGGAGAAGCUGCCAAGAAAAGGGAGUUGAAGGUACUAGAACCCAAACCAAAAAAAUCUGAAGCAGUUACCACUCCCAUCAAGAAGAAAGCACCUGCAGAAGCACAGAAAAGCAGCGAGACUUGUGCAAAGGCAGAUUACAAGAUCCCACCUGUGGAAACCCAGAAAAUCGGUGAGACUUGUGUGAAGGCAGAAGGCUCUACAGGAGAAAAAGCUGCAACUGCAACUUUGGGUUUGGACAAGUCGGAACCAGGCAGUGACAAGUUGGAGGAUGAGAAUGUUGUAUUUACUGUCCCAAAGCCCCAAUGGCUUGGAGCUGUAGAGGAUAGGGUUACCGAGGAUAAUACCCUACAGUUGAUGCCCCCUCUGCAUUUGCAUGAGACAGACGAGUCCAAUCAGUUUGUUGACUACAAGGACAGGAACAAAUUUUUGGGCAGUGGUGGUGAUGCCAAGACUUCGGUGGAAUCUAAAAUUGAGUCUGCUGCUCCUGGUCUAAUUAUAAGGAAACGGAAGCAGGUUGAGACAACUGGAACAAAUAGUAAUGAUGCCUCUCAACAAGUAGCAUCUUCCACUUCAGGGGAACAAAUGGCUGAGGAUGCUGUGGCUCUGUUAUUAAAGCACCAAAGGGGACUGUUUGCUAAUGAUGAUGAGGAAAGAUAUGAAGGCCAAGAGAGGAAGGGGCCUAAAAGAGUGCUUGGGCCUGAGAAACCGUCUUUUUUGAACAAUGAGAUGGAUUAUGAUUCAUGGGUUCCGCCUGAAGGACAAUCAGGUGAUGGACGCACUUCCUUGAAUGAUAGAUAUGGUUACUGAGAUUGGAUGAUGUAUAGCAUUCUACAUUACAAGAAAGAAGUUUAGGCUGUAUAUUCACUUAAUAUAUGUUGGCGAGGGAUCAGGCAGACCCUGCUCAGCAUUAACGAACUUCAAUGCAGAGUUGGUUGUAUGACGCAGUGAUUUCCAUCGUUUAAGUAGAAGGGAAGGGACUACUGUAAGUAGUAACGGAAAUGGAAGGGUGAAAGCACACUACAGUAAUGGCAGAUUGAGAUGCACUUUAGCUGAUACCUGAUCAAAUGCUUGCCGCAUGUACAUGAUCCGAGUAGGAGGGACUUAGGUUUAUGCGAGAAGUUUGGAAUGAAGUAGCCACGCCAUUCCUAUUCCGAUAACUAGCAAAGCAAUUUAGAUCCAAAAAAAUUCUGCAUGCCACUGCCCUUUGGAAAGUUAAGGACUACCAUCAUGCCAUUAUAAAUUUAUUCUUUAAAGUAUGUUGCUGCUUUUGAGAGGAGGGCUUUCUUAUCAUGUAAGAACUAAGAAUUACUUGUGAUAUUGCUUAUCGAUAAAGAAAUGACCAUAAUUGAAGGCGGCCUACAGUAAUU